AUGGCAGCUCUACGCACAACCUCGCGCCUGUUCGCGGCAACACGUCCAGCCUUUAAGUCCCAAAUACGGACGCGGACCAUGGCAACUGUCACUGGAACUGCUACGUCUGGUGCUGUGCCUCCGUCGCAGACCACGACAGUUAAAGAACCCGCUGCGGAUGCAGACUCGAAGAUCAAGACAUUCCACAUUUACCGAUGGAAUCCCGAUGAGCCAUCCACCAAGCCACGCAUGCAGAGCUACACCCUGGAUCUGAACAAAACCGGCCCUAUGAUGUUGGAUGCCCUGAUCAGAAUCAAGAACGAGGUCGACCCCACCCUCACAUUCAGACGGAGUUGCAGAGAGGGUAUUUGCGGAAGCUGCGCGAUGAACAUUGAUGGUGUUAACACUCUUGCUUGCUUGUGCCGUAUCCCAACCGAUGUCAAGGCAGAAAGCAAAAUCUACCCUCUCCCCCACACCUACGUCGUCAAGGACAUCGUCCCCGACCUGACGCAAUUCUACAAGCAAUACAAAUCCAUCAAGCCCUAUCUCCAAAAGAACACUCCCGCCCCAGAUGGAAAAGAAUACCUACAAUCAAAAGAGGAGCGAAAGAAGCUCGAUGGGCUAUACGAAUGUAUUCUCUGCGCCUGCUGCUCGACAUCAUGCCCUUCGUACUGGUGGAAUUCGGAGGAAUACCUUGGACCGGCUGUGCUGAUGCAGAGUUACCGAUGGAUAGCGGAUUCCAGAGAUGAGCAUACGGAGGAGAGAAAGGCGCAGCUGGAUAACAGCAUGAGUCUGUACCGAUGCCAUACUAUUCUGAACUGCUCGAGAACUUGCCCGAAGGGUUUGAACCCUGGAUAUGCGAUUGCGGAGAUUAAGAAGGCCAUGGCAUUGUAA